UUCAAUGGUUUCAUAGCUUAUUCAAUUUCAAUGAAAGGGAUGUUAAAGGGAGCUUUGCUGUUAUUUUCUUGGCCAUAUAAACUGUGGAGAGGGUAAACUGAGAAGUGUGAGAAAACUCAGAGUCUGUUUGGAUUGUCGGAAAAUGGAGAGUGUAGUGUUGUACCCAUCACCGGGGAUUGGACACCUUAUCGCCAUGGUUGAGCUUGGGAAGCUCAUCCUCAGACACCACCCUUCACUCUCGAUCGUCAUCUUUUUCCUCGACCCACCUUUUAACACUGGCGCCACCGCCCCUUACAUCUCCGCCGUCUCUUCUACCACCCCCUCCAUCACCUUCCGCCACCUCCCCAUCCCAACUCUUCCUCAACACCUCUCCUCCUACCCCUCUUUUGAGGCCCUAAUAUUUGAUCUCUUAACCCUCAGCAACCCUAAUAUCCACCAAGCCCUCCAAUCCAUCUCUAACACCUCCACCGUCCUCGCCCUCGUCAUCGACAUGUUCUGCACCCCAGCUCUGGACGUCGCCGGAGAGCUUAACGUUCCGGUCUACUAUUUCUUCACUUCCUCCUGCUCCGGCCUCGCUUUGUUCCUUUACUUCCCUACUCUUCACCAGAACAUCACUCAGAGUUUCAAGGAUAUGAACACCCUUCAUCAAGCCCCGGGCUUGCCGCCGAUACCAUCGGAGGAUAUGCCAACGCCGGUGCUUGACCGCACCAGCAAAGCAUAUGAAUCUUUUGUGUAUCACACUACCCAUAUCACGAAAUCGGCUGGAAUCAUAGUGAAUUCGUUUGAAUCCUUGGAAUCAAAAGCUGUGAAGGCUAUCAAAGAUGGGCUUUGUGUAAGAGACCGUCCUACACCACAGCUGUUCAGCAUAGGGCCGUUGAUAGCCACACAAAGCGGAGAAGGUGGGGGAGAUGGAAAAGAGUGUUUAAAGUGGCUGGACUCGCAGCCGAAACGCAGCGUAGUGUUUCUGUGUUUUGGCAGCAUGGGUUUCUUUUCAGAAGAGCAGUUGAAGGAAAUAGCAGUGGGGCUAGAGACGAGCGGGCGGAGGUUCCUAUGGGUGGUGCGCAGUCCACCGUCCAAGGACCAGAGUCGGCGCUUUUUAGCACCACCCGACCCGGAUUUGGAUUCGUUACUACCAGAUGGAUUCUUAGAUAGAACCAAGGAGAGGGGACUAGUGAUGAAGUCAUGGGCUCCACAGGUGGCAGUGCUGAGUCAUGGCUCGGUCGGCGGGUUCGUGACUCACUGCGGGUGGAACUCAGUGCUCGAAGCUAUCUCCUCCGGCGUUCCCAUGGUGGCGUGGCCCCUCUACGCGGAGCAAAGGCUUAACAAAGUUAUGAUGGUCAAAGAAAUGAAGAUAGCGUUACCAAUGGAGUCGUCAGCCGCAGGACUGGUUACGUCAACAGAGCUCGAGAAGCGAGUCAGAGAGUUAAUGGAGACUGAGAAAGGAUUUUCAAUUAGAAAUCGCAUCACUGCAAUGAAAGACGAAGCCAAGGCUGCAAUGAGCGAUGGAGGGUCAUCUCUUGCUGAUCUAGACAAGCUGAUCAAGUCGUGGAGGCAAAAAAUGAAUCAUAUUUCUUGAAUCUUAGACUUGGUUUGAUUUAUUUACUUACGUACGCCCUAUAGUUGUAUGCUUUGAUAUGGAAAUAAAUCUAAACUUUUCCA